UUCAUAUUUAUAUGUUUUAUAAAUUCAUAUUUUUAUUUUAUCAGUAUUUGUUGUGAAAAUUCGAAAAUGGAUUAUAAAUACAUUUAUCUGUUAGUAUUAGAAUAAGAUCAAAGUUUAGCGAAUAAAUCUGCGUAACAUUUGUAUCCGCAAUGGAAUUGCAAUCUGUUCCUGAAAAUACAAAUUCUACUUCAUUCAAACAUGAUUUGAUUAAGUCGGAAAAUGGUUUGGAGAAGCUUGAAAUACAUUCCGUAAAUAUUAACAACGAAAAUGCAGAGAAAGGUACAUCAAUUGAAUCUGCAAAUGGCGAAAAGGAAGAUGUACCAGACGAGAAUUUACAUACAAUAUGCAUACAAAAUUGCCAGAAGUUAGAAAGUGAAUUGGAUACUCAAAAGAAAGAGAUUAAAAAAUUAAAGGAUGAUUCAGUUAUUGCAGAAGCUCUGUUUAAGGAGCAACAAUAUGAAAUGGAUAUCAAAAUUUCAAAUUUGCGGAAACGACUAGAGAAAGCUAUCAAAGAAAAGGAAGAAGCCGUAGUUAGAUUUGCAGUUAGUGAAAAAUCAAAUAUAGAUAUUGACAAGUUAAAGAAGGAAAAUGAAAUACUAGAAUCGAAAUUGAAACGGACUUAUAAUGAAAAGACUCGAAUUUGUUCAUUGUUAGAUGCAAAGACACAUGAGUUACUAAAUGCAAACAAGGAAAAGGAACAAAUUAAAUUAGAAUGUGGAAUUUUACAGAAUAAAUUAAAAGCUGCAUUAAAUAGCUAUAAACAAGAAGUCGAAUCUCGAGUAGCUGUCGAAAAAAAUUGUGGCCAAUUACGUGCCCAGUUAGAUAAACUACAGGAAAAUAUACAAAGUAAUGAACAAGCUUCUCAAGACUCACAAAAAUUAGUCUCAGUAGGAAAACUUCUAACAGAAUCUCAGGCUCAAUUAAUUUUAGAAAGACACAAAAAUAAUGAUCUCAAUAGUAAAUGCAAUGAAUUGCAAUCACAACUUGCUCAAGUUACUUCUGAUAAUGAAAAUGCUAAAAAGAGUAUUGCUGAACUAACUCAAAGAAUUACUGAAUUGGAAUUAGAAAUAGAACAAAAGGAACUUAAUUAUCAAGAAACUAGAAGCAAAGAGUUAGAAAUUGCACAUAAGCAAAUAUUUGAAGCGCAGACUACUAUCUUGAAUAAUGAACAAGAAAUUGAAAAGUUUAAAACGCUAUAUGAAGAAUUAACAACUGAAUUAGCAGAAAGUCGUAAGAAAGAAGAUGAAAUGUUACAAUUUACAAAAUCAGUAACAGAAAAAAAUGUUGCACUUCAAUCAAAAUUUUCAUCUUUAGAGGCUAUGGUAUUAGGUCAUUGCACUGAGAAAGAUAUGUUGAAAUUAGCAUUAAAUGAACAAACACAGAAGAUGACAGCUCUGCAAAAAGAUCUGCUUAGCGAGCAAACUAAAUAUAAAAAUGAGCGUGAUGUUCUAGUCAGACAUCUGGCGAGUAAAACUGAAUCAUUAGAAAAGAUACAACUCAAAUUAGCCGAAUCUCAGGGCGAGGUGCAAGUUCUGAAGAGAAAACAUUCCGCAGUAGUAAAGGAAUUGAAUAGAGAAUUACAGCAAGUCAAAAAAAAUCAGGUAGAAAAAGGAGUUAACAAAGGCUCAAACUCUUCACUGAGUUCAAUUGAAACUACAAUAACACCACAAUUAUUGUUGCAGACUAAUAAUCAAGAUAUAGAAAUACUUUUGGAAAGAAUUCUGAAAUUGCAGAAAAUCAAAGCAAAACAAGCUGAAAAACUAGAUUUCUUGGAAGAACAUUGUAAAGCUCUUGUUGCAGAAAUUCAAAAUAAAACACGUGUCAUGCAGAAUUUAUUAUUAAGAACUAAUUAUUCCAAAUCUGAUAUGUCAGUAUUAUCAAAGUCUGAGUUUCCAAAAGAAGAUUCUGAAAUAACUCUUGAAAUGUCUCAAAUUAUGAACAAAAACUUGCAAGCUCUGCUAGAAGAUACACUACUAAAAAAUGUAGCUUUGAAAGAAAAUGUUGAUACAUUGGCAUCAGAAGUGAUGCGUUUGAAUAAAAUAAAUCAACUGUAAUAAAGUAUUUUUAGAUAGUACAAAAAGUACCAAAAAAAUAUAUGUAAUAAUCAUGUAGGUUGUACAAA